CGCCCUCCUCGGCUGGGGGAGCCCGCGGCGAUCGCCCUAUAUCGACCAGGGUACACGAACAUCUUCAACACGACUACCGCACGCGACUAGACAUCUCUCUUGGCCAAUUCUUGCGACCAGAACGUGUCAACUCGCACUACCCACACGUAUACUUCGCUAUUCAUAUUUUGGACACGCACCUAGGUUCAAAUAACACUCUGGGAGGACUUAUUGAUCCAGCGCCCAUUUUACCAGAGGAACAACUUCUUCCUUCACCAUGCCCUACAACAACACUCCGAUUGCGCCAAAUAAGGAAAUCACCGGCCAUGUGUCGCUUCCCCGUAAGUAACAGUUUACAUAUCUUCACUUCUCUCCGCCGCCUUCCCCAUUGCUCCGACCGUUUGCGUGCCUCUUCGAGACCACCCUACCACCGCGUAGUACUGCUGCGAUUUACGCCUGUGGUGGCCCCAUGACAUUGAACGACGACUUACUGGCUCGCUUCCGCCUGCAUUGAGCGCAAUGUCUUUCAUUCCCCACGUCUCCAUCGCACGCGUGCAAAAGAUAAUCCAAGCGGACCCCGAACGCAUCACAACCUCCAAAAAUGCCGCCUUCGCCAUAGCACUGGCCACAGAAAUGUUCAUCCAGCACCUCGCAACCACCACACACAAUGUCGUCAAAGCGGAGCGUAAGCCGCGCCGCAACAUCCAAUACCGCGACGUGAGCAGCGCGAUAUCGAAGACGGACAACCUCGAGUUCCUGGUCGAUGUUGCGCCCAAGACAAGCACAUGGAGCAAUGUGAAGAAGAAGUUGGAUGAGAAGGAGAAGGAGGACGAGAAGAAGAAGGAGAAGGACGGGAAGAAGGAUGGCGUGGUGAACGGACAGAAGACGCUGGACAAUGCCUCCAAGACGGCAGAGGGUGUAGACAAAGACACAGAGACGCCCACCAACGGCGCUUCAACAACCUCGCCUACACCAGCGAAGCCAGACGAGACGCCGGAUGCCAUGGACGUCGACCAAGAAGUCGAGCGCGUGGAAGACAGCGAACCAGAAGAGGACGCAGCGGCCAUGCAGAUCGAGAUGGAGAUGCGCGGUCCGCCUCGUCAACCCACUGCGAGUGCAAGCAAGAGCCCAGAGGCUAGGCGGUCAACAGGUGGAUUUACUGCGAUUAAUGGUCAAAAGUAAAUUCGCUUGCGACAUGGCGGACAGAAGUGGGGGACAGUCUGAGAGUGGAUUUAUUUUGCAUUGCAUAUCGGCGUUUGUUGCG